AUGAACUACCUUCUAUUCUUUCUACUGAUUUCUGUAGCUAUCCUAUCUCAAGGUUGCAUAGAAGUCUGUGAAUGUCCGGAUCUCCUCGAUAGACUUUUUUGGCCAGCUAAAAACGAGACUUUGCAUACUGAAGGAGCGGGAUGUGUCAGAAAUAUCACCUGUAAGACAUCAUAUGCUUCGACCAUCGUAGCUUUUAAUUUCACCGACUCUGAAAUCCCUCGUCCUGUUGAUUCGAACUAUGCCGCAGGUGCCAUAUCUUUGAAUCCCGAGGUACAAACAGGACCGAAUAUCAAUAUAUUUCAAUUUUUUGGAAUGGUUUGUGAGAAUAAUGAAUGGUAUAUCACCAAAUACCCGCAUGGAGUUACCUUUAAAACUUCUACGGAAGAGGAAUUAGUAAUUGGAGCCAACGGAGAACUAGACGGGAAAAAGUCAAAAAUUAAUUUAUUUACUUGCGAACCUCCAUCAUAA